AUGUUGGAAAUUGUCUUGCAGGCCGCUACUAUUGAAUCGUCUGCCAGUGGAGGAGGAGGAGGAGGAGCAGAAGCGCCACCUUGUACCAGUGGAGCAGCGUCUACCAAUGGAGAAGAGCCGAGCAAUGGGCUGAGUCUGCCACGCAAAUGCAGCCUGCUUUACAAGGACAACACUCGCGUGGACAACCUUCAACGGGACACCUUGUUGUUGAAGGACAAGUUUUAUGACGAGUUCGAGUAUCCUUGAGAAUGAGCACGAGCAGAAAGUAAUUAUAAAUUCGAUUAGCAACGAUCACCUACAUGUUGUAGCAACAUUCGCGAGUACGAGACGGAAACGAGGAAGAAGGACUCACUUCAAC